UUCGAAAAGGAAGCAGCCAGUCUGUUUCGGAUGUUUGGAGUCGUAAGACGUAAACGGAUAGUAUCUCUAAAUGUUAACCGGUGAGCAACUGUUUUGGUGUAUUCUAAUGUCAUUCAUUUGAAUAAGUCGUAGAAUUGAAUUCUGUUUAUUCGCGAGUGCUAUUACGCUAUAAUCAUAGAAAACAUCGUUCAAAUUUCUAUUAUAUUAGAAACCAAUAAUUUGGUUACUUUCCCGAGGUUCGCGAGAAGUGUGUCAAAGUCGAUGUAACGUGUUCUGUGCGUCCAUAAUCAACCGUAGCUCUAAGUGUCUUCGGACUUCGGAUAUGGUUUCUGUCUAAUAAAAAAUGCCGGUGCGGUAGUGAUCGUGGCCUCGAAGCGAGUCCUUUUACGGCGGGGACGAGCAUCGAAAGCGGAGGAGAGCAGCCUCCCUCUCCCCCUCCCUCUGUCUUUCUCUUUCUUCCCCCGACUUUGGCCCACGGCCGCCUUUAUCCACCGGUCCAAGACUGGAGAAGAUCGCGAGAAGGAAGGUAGAAGAAGAGAGAAAGAGAGAAGAAAAAGGAGAGAUCGAAAGCUAGACCAGUGUCCCAGUGCGCUCGAAGUUGGCAUGGAGGGAUAAAACACGGUGCAGAGAAUUGUGAGAAGAGAAAGGGGGAGAGAGAGAGAGGGAGGAGGAGGAGGAGGAGGAUUGGAAAAAUUGGCGGUGGAUGGAUAGCGAUAAAUUCGGCAUGAGGUAGAGGAGAAUUUCGAAGCUGGUUGGUCGGAGAGAGGAGCGAUCGAUCGUGGAGGGAUAAGGGGGGAAGCUAAAUGCCAGUUAAAAGAAAGGCGAGGAAGGAGGGUUAGAGGUGGAAAAGUGGUCGGGGAUAGGAAGAGGCGGGUGGUGAGGAGGGAGAGGAAUGGGUGCCGGGAUGGGCAGGAGCGGCACGAGCGGCGGCUUCCUCGAGGCACUUCCCACGGGAACGCCGCUCCACGUGGCCAUGCUGGGCCUCGACAGCGCGGGGAAAACCACCGCGUUGUAUCGGCUCAAGUUCGACCAAUACCUGAACACUGUGCCCACUAUCGGCUUCAACUGCGAGAGAAUCCGUGGCGGCAUCGGGAAAGCGAAAGGUGUGAAUUUUCUCGUAUGGGACGUGGGCGGGCAAGAGAAAUUACGGCCGUUAUGGAAGUCUUACACCAGAUGCACGGACGGUAUUAUCUUCGUGGUCGACUCGUGCGAUGCGGAACGGCUCGAGGAGGCCAAAAUGGAGCUGACCAGAACGGCGAGGAGCCCGGAUAACGCCGGUGUGCCCAUUCUGAUCCUAGCCAACAAGCAGGAUCUGCCAGGUGCCAAAGAGGUGGGCGAAUUGGAAAAGCACCUGGGCGUGCUGGAAUUGGCGGGGAUGCCGGGGAGCGCGUGCAUCAGGGUGCAGCCGGCCUGCGCGAUCACCGGCGAGGGGCUUCACGAGGGUUUGGACACUCUUUAUCAGCUGAUACUGAAGCGGCGCAAGCUCGCGAAGCUGAACAGGAAACGGGCCAGGUAGGCCAGGGCCUCGGAGGACUGCACGUGCGUCUUCUGAUCUUGCAAGUCGCGGACAGUCUCUCCUUCGGGCACAGCCACGCCUUCCACGGUGUCUUCUUCCUCCCCGUCACGAUGCCGCGGCGCCGACCCGCUCGAGUGAACAACGGAGCUGCGCGCGCAUCCAACGUCUCCACGAACAUUGCCCACUUCGCCGUGGACGAAGUCGUCUCGUCCGUUCCAACGUAGUUGGAAUCUCUGUUGCGUCGCGUCGAAGAUCUUUCCAAGCUUUCAUCGAUUCGUAGAGGAUCUCCUCUUUAUUCCUCUCGAUCGGGAGAUCUCGGUUCAUCGAGUUUCGGAUGACUCGAAACAAGGAUGGAAUUUGGAACGGGCGCUUUUUUAAACGCGCGAGGAGGAAUGUCGAACGGGAUAUCCCUCUCCGCGAAGAGGAGGAUAAAAUAAUCUAGGAAAUUUUUUUCUAGCCAGCCAGUGGAUCGAUCCACUCGCUGUUGCGAGGCGGAGCGAAGGAUGUCUGAUUUACGACAACGAAUCAAGUGCUUCUUCGCCCUCAGAAAUAACAGAGAAGCUCUAUUUUGCCAAAAUUUUCGAGAAAACGGAAACGUUCCUUAGGACGUUCCUCUAGGAAAUACCAAUUUUUAACGACCCCUUUCGGCCGAUCGCCUCGGCCUUGUCACGGAUAACGAGCUCCUCGGCUCUCCGUUCUUUUUCACACCGGCCGAUGACGAAAGAAAUAGGAACGCGCGUUUUUUUUUCCUUUCUUUUCCUUUCUUUUCUUUUUCUUGCGCGAGCUCCAGGAGAAGAGGAUUUUCGCGAUAACGAAGCUGCUGAUAACAAUGACGUUGAAUCGUAUUAAUAAUGCUGACGCGGGCCCGGGUCAAGGAGGGAGGCCAAGAUAAAAGCCACGGGUAUUAAUAACCGUGACUCGAACCCCGCCAAAUCAUCGAGAUUGAUUAAAAAUUAUCUCCAACUCUCUUCCCUCCUCCUCGUUUUCAAACGGAUGAUUUUUAUCAAUUUUCGGACAAUUUUACGGAUAUCGUCGAUUAUUAAGAGGAGAAUUUUUUCCUUUUAUUUUCUUUUUUUCAAAGGUAAUCGCAAAUUGGCCCUUCAAUAAAUUAAUCGCGUUAGCAAGGCUAGGUAGUUGAUACGCGUUUCGUAGAGCUCGAGGUGAAUGAAUCGAUAGGUGUCCCGACGAUCGUGAUCGUGCCUCUCUAAUUUUUUGCACCUUUAUACCACGAGAGUAAGAGAAAGAGAGAAAGAGAGAGAGAGAGAGAGGAAAAACGAUCAAACGUCGAUUGCUUCUUCCCGAACGGAAUCUUUUUUCGGUAAAAACGAUGUGAUAACGAUCCCCUUGAAAUAUCGUACGUGUGUAUAUCGUGUUCGUUGUAUCGUCUAAGGGGCUAAUGCAGAAAAGACGAAUCGAUCGUUUUGAGCUCGAUCGGAAAUCUUGAUACAUAUCUCGAAGAAACGGAUGAUCUAUCCCAAUGUAUAUAUAUCUUUUGUUAUAAUAUUGUUCUUGGAUACGUGAUUCGUUGACUCGAUCUGAUUUUUAUUGCGUUAGUUUGUAUAUUGCGAGAAAAAAUUUAUUACACGUUUGUUACUGUAUAUUUUUUUACGUCGUCCACGUUUCAAGGAUGAAUUUAUUCUUAAAAACUAAUUUAGAAUUAUUCAGAAUUUCUGGAAACGGGUGGUGUGGAGCUCAAAACGGUGGGUGCUCGUGUUUCUCUUGCCAAUGUAUAAUACUUUUUAUCCUUAACGGUCCCUUCCAUCCGCGCGGACAUCCGGUAGCGUUCUUAUCGACCAUUGCCACCACCGGUAGUAACGCGAGACGAUAUUUUCUUAACGCUGUAUAGGAAACGUAUAUAUACGCGCCGGGAAAAAUUAUCCUCCCGACACUUGGACGCAAGCACGCUCGUCGGUUUUCUUCGAUCGUUCAUUUUUUUUUUUCUCUUCUCGAGGAAGCAAUCGAUUUUAUAUCGAUUACACGAACGAAUAUACGGUUCCUAUUCGUAGAAAAUAUCGUCGUCGACGUGGUGAUUUAUAUAUUUGGACAUUUAUAUUCGGGAGAGAAGUCGGUGAUUAGAAGUGCAGUUCGCCAAACCAAUCGAAGUUAUUAUUAUUAUUAUUAUUAUUAUUACUAUUAUUAUUAUUACUCGUUUUCGUUAUUUUCGAGCACAGCGCAAAACUUGUGAUUUCGUUCGUGUUCUCGUUCGUGGCCUUCCACGUCCCUUCCACGUUUCUUCCCCGAGGGCAAAACUUUCCACGAAUCCUUCGUGCACGCUUUUCUCUCCAACUUUUCCGUUGGAAAGGGAAACAUCUCUCUCUCUCUUUCUUUCUUAAACUUUCUACCACUGUUCCUCUCCCCUUUCGCAAAAAUCACUUCGAUUCGAGGAAAUCUCGUUGAGAAAGUCGAGAUACAUUUACAUUCGCGUCUCGAGAAGAAGUGCUUCGAGUGCCGUCUCGUGAAUCAAGAGACAGCAAAGAAAGAGAGAGAGAGAGAAAGAGAGAAAGAAAAGAAACAGUUAAAAUGGAAUUUAAAGAUUGGACGAGCACAGCAGACGAUAUUUUUAUUCAAAAUAGAGAGGAUGUGAUAAAGUGAUCGUGAGAGAGAGAGAGAGAGAGAGAGAAUGAUCAUUUUCCAGGAAAAAGAAAGAGGAAGGAUAAGGGUAACUUGCUCUUUGGAAAAAUCUGACCUGUUUCGUUUUAAAUAGAGGAGAAAUGGGAAUGGGGGCGUACGAAAAUCGGACGAGGUAUAAUUUGACUGGUUAUUUAUUGGGGUGCAUGGAUCGAUAUUAGACCGGGAGACACGAGAGGGCAACGCAAGACCGGAAAUCGUGGUUUGCGGGCGACGAUACAUCAACGAAACAACGACCCGCUGUGACGGAAGUAAGCUGGAUCGAACGUGUGUCCCUCGUAUGGAGAGAGAGAGAGAAAAAGAAAAAAAAAUAUGGAAAAU